UCCACAUACAACCUCAGUGAACCCACCAUCCGCCGCAUUGCGGCCAGACAUGGUCUCCACCGCCGAGUCAUGCGCCGUACCCCUUUCUUACGCCCACAAGCAAUCGAAAAGCGGAUCAAUUGGGCAAAGGAUAAUGUAGGACAGGAUUGGAGCCGAGUUAUCUUCACAGAUGAGAUGUCUUUGGAGUUGGGACUUGCAAGGCGUGCUUAUACAACUCGAGGAGUUGGACAGGCGUUUGAUUUGAAACAUCUUCAACCAACAUUUCGAUCUGGGAGGAAGUCUAUCAUGGUAUGGGGUGCUAUGGCACAUAAUCAUAAAUUCCCUCUCAUUCUUCUUCCUCCUGGAGGACUCAAUGCCGCUCGCUAUUCCGAGAUUGUCUUACCAAAGCUGAAGGAGUAUGAAGAGAUAUUGUCUGCAGAGAUUGACCGAAUGGUGAUUGAAGACAACGCUCCAUGCCACAAAGCAAAACACAGUCAGCAAAAGCGUGAUACACUUGGUGUCCAUUCACUUAUCCACCCUCCCUCAUCUCCGGAUGUUAAUCCUAUCGAGAAUCUCUGGUCAAUGGUGAAGUACAAGGUUAGCAAGCGCCUUCCAAGAGCGACAAAUGUGGAGCAGUUGUUUGAACAUUGUGUGGCGGAGUGGGAAGCUAUAGACAUGGAUAUUGUCAACAAGGUGGUGGCUAGCAUGCCAAGGAGGGUUGAGGCUGUCAAGCAUGCUAAGGGG